AUGGGCCCUCCUCGUGAACAGGGCUCAGGGGAGCUCACCGUAAUGUGUCCUGUCACAGCAGACCUGCCACCCACAUCUCAGCCAAUGACAGCCCUGUCCUCUGUCUGCACCGGAGGCUUCCAGUUCACUACCAUUAAACAGAUUAAAUCAGGUCGGCUGCAGCACACAUGGACUUCUCUCAAGCGGCGAGGACCCCCAGAAUAUCUCAGCCUCCUCCAUAUCUACUUUUCUGUCCACGCGUCCUGGACAGACGGCACUACAGAUGCUUCGAUGUUAUUUGGUGCAAUUCUGACUGACGUGGCGCAAACAAAUCCACCCCCAGGCCUCCACACCUGUCUGCUGCUCCGGCUCCAGCCUCUGCCUGCAUUCACACAUCAGCCCAAGAAUUCUGGGCUCAAUGCCAUUAGCCCUGAAUCUCACACGCACAGUUCAGGAGGGCAGUUAUUGACACGUAAGUCCCGCCUCCCGCACAUACUGUACACCAAAUAUGUGGGCUAA